GUAGGGCUGCUGUAAUAUAGAUCAUGAGCAGGUAAUGCACAAGGAGUGCUAUUGGGAAUCAUGUCGGACGAGUCAGCCUCAGGGAGUGAUCCAGAUGUGGACCCCGAUUUGGAGCAGGAGGAUAUGGAAGAGGAAGAGGAGGAAGAAGAUGAUGAAGAAGCAAUGGAGGAGGACAAUGAUGGAGAUGAUGAAGAGGAUUUACUUGAUGAGAAUGAUCAAUCCCGUGAAGCACCUUUUGAAAGUGAUCUUGUUCAACAUGGGGAAGAUGGAGAAUGGCAGCACUCUACUUCAACUACCUCAUCUCAGAGUGAACAGGCAGAGAAACUGUUGCAGAAUCAGCACCAGAGCCUGGCCUCUGAGGACACCAAAAAGAAGAGGGCUCAGAAACCUUCUCACAUGAGGAGGAACAUAAGAAAACUGCUGCGGGAAGACCAGUUGGAGGCUGUGACAAAAGCAGCACAACAGGAGGAACUGGAAAGAAGAAAACGGCUGGAGCAGCAAAGGAAGGAUUACCAAGCCAGCAUCCCCACUGUACCUUUAGAGUUUCUCCCAGAGGAAAUUGCUUUAAGAACUGCAGAAGUUGCUCAGCUUCCCCCCCAAGUGUUAAAUGAAGAGGUCAUCUGCUUAGACAGCACCAGCAGUGGUAGUGAGGACGACUCCAAAGGAAGACUCCACAGCAUUAAAGAUGAAGUGAUAGAAUUAAGUUCAGGAGAUGAUGAAGCCCUCCAUAUUGUAGACAGCAGUGAUUCUGGCAACGAAGGCGAUGAUGAUAAUACUGAAGAGAGCAGUGGUGCCCAUGUGAAUGAUGCUCUAAAUCAGUUAGAUGCUUCAGGGCAAGUAAUUAUUAACAUCAACCAUCCACCAAAUGAGGAAGAUCUAUAUCUGGCUCCUCAACUUGCACGAGCAGUAAAGCCUCACCAGAUUGGUGGUAUUCGUUUCCUGUAUGAUAAUUUGGUGGAAUCCCUGGAAAGAUUUAAAACCAGCAGUGGGUUUGGCUGCAUCUUAGCUCAUAGCAUGGGGCUGGGCAAGACUCUGCAAGUCAUCUCCUUUUUGGAAGUACUUUUCCGUCAUAUUGAAGCAAAGACUGUCCUGGCAAUUGUACCUGUAAAUACCCUUCAGAACUGGUUAGCAGAGUUCAACAUGUGGCUUCCAGCACCAGAAGCUCUUCCUGCUGACUAUGACCCAAAAGAGAUUCAGCCUCGCACUUUUAAAGUCCACAUUUUGAAUGAUGAACACAAGACCACUGCAGCACGUGCCAAAGUGGUAACUGAGUGGGUGACAGAUGGUGGUGUACUGUUGAUGGGCUAUGAGAUGUACCGCCUACUUUCAUUGAAGAAAUCCUUUGCUACAGGCAGAAAGAAGAAAAGCAAAAAGCAAACUGGCCCUGUCAUUAUUGAUGUGGAUGAAGAAGAUCGUCAGCAGGAGCUCUUAAAAGGAAUUGAGAAAGCUUUAUCCCGGCCUGGACCGGAUGUGGUCAUUUGUGAUGAGGGACACCGGAUAAAGAAUUGUCAUGCAAGCACCUCUCAGGCUUUGAAAAACAUCAGAUCUCGGCGAAGGGUAGUUCUGACUGGCUAUCCUCUGCAGAACAAUCUAAUUGAAUAUUGGUGUAUGGUAGACUUUGUACGUCCCGACUUUCUUGGUACCCGGCAGGAAUUCAGUAAUAUGUUUGAGCGCCCUAUCUUGAAUGGACAGUGUAUUGACAGCACCCCCCAAGAUGUUCGUCUAAUGAGGUAUCGCAGUCAUGUCCUCCACAGCUUAUUGGAAGGCUUUGUACAAAGACGAGGGCACAAUGUGCUGAAAGUUCAGCUUCCCUAUAAGGAAGAACACGUUAUCUUAGUGCGCUUGUCAAAAAUCCAGCGGGCUCUUUAUACUGAGUUCAUGAAUAGGUUUCGUGAUGCAGGCAAUAGCGGCUGGCUGGGACUGAACCCACUUAAAGCUUUCUGUGUUUGUUGUAAGAUAUGGAAUCACCCUGAUGUUCUAUAUGAAGCAUUGCAAAAAGAAAAUUUGGCAAACGAGCAAGAUCUGGAUGUAGAUGACCUUGGCACAGCUGGUACCAAUUCACGCUGCCAGUCACAGGGCAUAAAAAUGAAAACAGAGAGCAAUGCUCUGCCAUCUACAAUUGGGGAGGCUACCAAUAGCAAGUAUAUUCAGGGCAUUGGCUUCAGUCCAUUUCAGGAAAGAGCCAAUCAGGUUGUAACGUAUGAAUGGGCUAAAGAUAUCCUUUGUGAUUAUCAGACAGGAGUCUUACAAAAUUCACCUAAGAUGGUGCUGUUGUUUCAUUUAGUAGAAGAAAGUGUGAAACUUGGAGAUAAACUACUGGUGUUCAGCCAAAGCCUUUCCACAUUGUGUGUCAUUGAAGAUUUCUUGGCAAAAAGACCAGUGCCUUCUCCCCCAGGCUUGGAUGCACAAGGAACCCAUAAUUGGAUCCGAAAUGUGAAUUAUUAUAGACUGGAUGGAAGUACCUCUGCCUCAGAGAGAGAACGAUUGAUUAACCAAUUCAAUGAUCCUAGCAACACUUCUGUUUGUCUCUUCCUUCUUUCAACAAGAGCUGGGUGUUUAGGUGUGAACCUUAUUGGUGCAAACAGAGUGAUAGUAUUUGAUGCUUCUUGGAAUCCGUGCCAUGAUGCACAGGCAGUAUGUCGGGUAUAUCGCUAUGGACAGAAGAAGCCUUGCCACAUCUACCGGCUAGUUUCUGAUUACACUUUGGAAAAGAAAAUUUAUGACCGUCAGAUCUCCAAGCAAGGGAUGUCAGAUCGUGUUGUGGAUGAUUUGAAUCCAGUGUUGAACUUUACCAGGAGGGAGGUGGAAAACUUGCUGCACUUUGUGGAAGAGGAAUCUGAGCCUCCCCAGCUUCCAUUUAGCCCCAAUAAGAUCAAGGAAUCUGUUUUACAGCUGGCCUGUCUCAAGUACCCUCACCUCAUCACCAAGGAGCCUUUCCAGCACGAGUCCCUGCUAAUCGAUCGUAAAGAGCACAAGCUCACCAAGGCAGAGAAAAAAGCUGCAAAAAAGAGCUAUGAGGAAGAAAAGCGUGCAUCUGUCCCUUAUACCCGUCCUUCCUAUGCUCAGUAUUACCCAGCCACUGACCAGAAUCUGGCAAAUAUUCCUGCCUUCAAUCAAAGGAACUGGCGGCCAAGCCUGAAAGGUGAGGACCGGCCAGUGGCAAGCGUACGUCCUGUUCAGUCCACCCCUAUUCCAAUGAUGCCUCGUCAUGUCCCCUUAGGCAGUAUGGGAGCAGCUUCAGUUUCCAAUCCUGCUAUUAACUUCCCCAUCAAUUACCUGCAACGAGCUGGUGUUCUCGUGCAGAAGAUUGUCACCACAACAGAUAUAGUGAUUCCAGGUACGAAUACUUCCACAGAUGUGCAGGCAAGAAUCAGCGCUGGUGAAAGCAUACAUAUUAUCCGUGGGACUAAAGGAACGUACAUCCGGACUAGUGAUGGGCGGAUCUUUGCUAUCCGAACUACUGGCAAGCCAAAGGGCAAUGAAGAUCAUCGCAUGGUUGCUUCAGGAUCCCAGGGUCCAUCUGUUGAAUCCACAAGCAAUGGCAGACACAAUGCCUCAUCACCCAAACCUCCCAACCCAGAGGAGCUCACUCGGCCUAUUUCGCCAGACAGCCCUGAAAUCAUCAGCGAACUGCAGCAAUAUGCAGAGGCGGCAGCUGCCCGUGAGUCCAAACACAAUUCUCCUACCACCAAUACGACACCUGGAUACCCCACUCGGAAAGACAAUGCAGCCCACGCGACAGCUCGCGGCGGAACUGAGCAGCGAGUAGGGACCCAUGGUUUGGCUUCUUCCUCAGCCUUGCCAGCCACUAGUCAACAUGUUGACGGCCACUCAGUGCUGGAUUUACGAGGGAAUAAGCGUAAGUCAAGUUCACCAUCUGGUCCAGAUGAGCAAGCCCAUCGCCAGCAGAAGAAACGCUCCCUGCCAACUACAGGUCAACCAUAUGAAAGUGGGUACCCUGUCUCUGGAGUUGAAAACCGAGGGGUUCUGAGCAAACUUCUGGACAACUUGUCUUUGGAUGCACCAUGGGAUUAAAAAAACAAACAAACACAAAACACAACCCCCCCACAAAAAUAACAAAGCCAAUUAACUGAUGGGGUCCAUUCGAGUUUCUCCAAAGACUUGGCCUUGGUACGUCUGUGAGUCAUGCCCUUUUGUGAUUUGUAUGUGUCCACCUCAUGCAAAAUAAUGACGGCACUGAUUGUACUGUAAGCUGCAAUCCUCUAGGUUGACUCGGGAACUGGAUCUAGGCAAGGGGGCUUAGGCCUCAGCAGCUAAGCAAUUUUUGGUGGAGGAUUUGUUUCUUCUUCUUCUACUUCUACUUCUUCAGGUUUCAGGCAGACCCAAUAUUCAGUAUAGUGAGUUUUGGGCAGCAGAGCUGAUAACAACUCGAGUAAUCCUACUAAGCUCCUGUCUUGACUUCCAUGGAGUAAAGGGGCAGUCAAGACAAGCUAAUACGUUUUAUAUACUAUUAACUUCAGACUGCUGCUUCCCGAUUCUCUUGUCUCUUUUGAACAUCAUACCUGAGCACAGAAGAGUCGCCAGACUUGACAGGCUUUGAGGACAUCCGUACUGUAAAAUAUGGGAUGUUUGAUUAGGAGAAUAGGUGCAGCUGUGAUUAAGUAGACCCAGCUCUAUAGUCAUCUUUUAAAUAGGAUUGGAAGAUAAAAGUAUUAGCUGUAGGAAAUGGUGUACACCUGUAAUUUACUAGUCAGACCACUGGAUGGCAAUGUUGCAUCACUUGGAUUAUUACUAGAUUUUAACAAUAUAAUAUUUUUAAAAAUUGGCUUUUGUACUUGGGUGAGAAAAGUAUAAAAAUGUAAGUCUGACUGUGCACAUCUUUCUGUUCUCUUUCUCUCUCCCUCCCUCCCUCUUUUUGUUUGUUUCUUGUCAUUUCUCUUUCCCCUAAAAUGUUUAUGUUAGUGGAUUAGUGGAUUGCUUGAACAUAAUUCUUCCACUGACAGGGUCCAUUCAUUCAUUCAUUCAUUCAUUCAUUCAUUCAUUCAUUCAUUCAUUCUCUCUCUCUCUCUCUCUCUCUCUCUCACACACACACACACACACACACACACACACACACACACACACACCUUCAGUUAGACCAGCCACUUUCUGUGAGCUUUGGAAAGAAACACAUUUGGGGCAGAUUCCUCUACUUCAGCAAGUGCCUGACCAGUGUCUCCUUCCUAAUAAUAGGGGGUUUAAAUGUAAUUGGUCUCCUAGAGAUUAAAAUGCAUUCCCAGCACUUGCCAAGAGAGAACAGUGUUGCCACUGGCAAUGAAGACCGCAUUCUUCUGCUUUGCACCCUUCUUGCUUCUAGAAACACCCUCUUUCUCACAUCUGAAUUCUCCCACGCAUUCAACAUCCUUAGGAAGGUGUGGCUUCUAGAAACAAAGGGUGGCUGUUGUGCCUUGUUUGUGAAGAACAGAGAAUGCUUGACUUGGGAGCUGAGUCAGAACAGCACAGUGACUUACGUAGUACAAUGUCGGAAUGGUCCCUUCCUUGAUGCACUGUAAUUUCCAAGAAUGUAGUGGCUGCUCAGAAGCAGCGCAUGUGUUUGUGUUGUGAGAUCUCUGAAUUCAACUAUUCCUUCUAUCUCAAGGAUAAUUUUUCCCCCUUGCUGGCUUUUUGUUAGAUCUCCUUGCCAGAGUCUGUGCAAUUUGCACUGCUAAAUUUCAGGCCACAAAAGAAACAAGGAGGAAUACAUGUAUUCUGAAUUUACAGGUGGAGCUGAGAUACCGUUAGAUGUGCUUGGCUAAGGUCUUGAGAUACUGAGGAAGGUUCUUGCAUUCCCCGGGUGUUUUAGAUCUGCAUGUAAUCUUUGGAUCUUCCUUGAUAAACCAUGCAUUGCAAUAUUUCUCUGUGCUUUAGAGCAACAGUACUGUACCAGGUUGGUAUGGUAUACAACAACACUUGAUCCCCUUAAUAAAUGCUUAGGGUAAAGAGGUGACCUUAAACUGUGAUAUUUUACAGACCUUGCUACUACGUUCAGUUUCACUCCAAUUCUGGCAGUAUACAAUUUAAAACUGACAAAAGAUCAUCUUAGACAUAGAUUUCCUAUGAUGAAUUAUUUUUUGGUGAGAAUAACACUGGAGGACUUCUCCCCAACCAUGUUAAGAAUUGUCCACAUGUCUGCAUGCUAAUUAUUACUCUAUCUCCAUAUGACCAAGAUAUGGAAAUGGGGAGAAAUGCUGUCUGGAGAGGGCAAGUUUGAUAUUAAAGUGCUCCUACAGUAUUGCAUUCUGUGGGACACGGUUUUAUGGACAUAUAGGGGGCAGUUUAAUGAGAAAAAAAAUCUGAUUACAAUCUCUGUCAAGAAAUCCCAGGAAUAUGCAAUCUUCUGCUUUUAAAAUAAAGAUCCUAUUGAUUGUUCUAUCUGAAUUAUGUAACUGAUGGCAGCAGUGCAAAUAUUUCUUGCAAGAUCUCAAGUCAAAUGAAAAUUUACUAUAAUUACAUAUAUUUGCACUGAAAUCCUGAUUUAGGCAUUGUAAAUAUAAUUAUUAAACUGGAGAAUGGUUGAUCUUAGCUCCAUUAAACCAAGGGAAAUAUACACCAGUAGAUUAAAAAAAAAUCGUGUCUUAUUUAAUACCAAAACCAUAUUAUAUCAAGUCUGGGGAUUUAUAAGGACAGUUUUGGGAAUGCUUGCUCCUUGUCACUCAAUCAGGAAAACAGUAGGGAAGAUAUUUGCAAGUUUAGGGAGGAUCAACAGAAAUAGAAAUUGAGAGCCGGCAGAGAAGGAGGGCGAGUCUUUUUGUGUGUGUGUGCUCUUUAUUGAAACAAGACCACUAACAGCUGCCCACAGCUGCAUUGCUUUUCGGGUCCUAUAUUAUUAGUUUCCCUCUUUAUGUUCUCUGUCCCUCCAUUAAAUCUAUUUGUACAGGGGAGCUAAAUGAAUUGAAUGGUUUUCUUGGUUUGUUUUUUUGUUCUGCCUUUAGUUUGUGGCCUGUGCUUUGUGGUUGAAAUAAAAAGACAUUUCUGUAGCAGGGUCAGUUGGUUGGCUGGUUGCACGCAUGGGAUAUGUGCUUCCCUCAUCUCUCUGUCCAAUGGGAUGUGCUCACCCAAUCUCCCAGAACAGAGACAUUGAACAAUUUUGUUGUUUAUAUGAUGUAUUUAUUUUUACUUGUGUUUCAUGUCAUUUUUUUAAAAAAAUAAAAAUAAAUUGUAAGUUGAUAUAAUGCCUAUCAACUGUCUCUCCUUUUUUAAAAAAUAAACUUCAAAUGUUAUGAA